AAUAAAUAAUAAAACCAAUUAUUGUUAAUCAAACAAUCAGUUCAUAACUAAAUAUUAUUUAUAUAAGAAGUGUUAAAUCGUGACUUCGACGAGUGACAAUUUUUAAGCGACAUCAUUCAGCAAACUUUAAAUGCGAACGUGCCAUUUUCCCUCAGGUUGCUAGGAGACCACUGCCAACAACAAAUUCAAGCAGAAAACAUGUCGACUAGCUUCUCUGCAAACCAGUAUGAACGCGCCUUUAAGUCGCAAAAGCUUCAGAACUGGACCAUCCCAAAAGAGUUUAAAGAGAGACCAUCGGCAGCAGAGGGCUACACUACAUUUAUAGCUACAGACCGUGGCCACCUUCUACCUGGUUUGAAAACAAAGGUUUGCAUUCAUUUUUGUCGUGGAAGUGCAUGGCCAUCAUUUCAGGGCACGUGGGAUUUACCACGCCAUAUUCCCCCUGUUUAUAUAAACCCCACUGCCCGCUCACAAGAGGGCCAGGAUCGACUCAAGAGGACCUGGGGAAAGACUAAAUCCAUCACAAGUCAGGCUCCUGAGGACCUUGGUGGGAGCAGAGCCUCUCAAAAUGUGGAAAACACAAAUGUGAACCAGCCUGCUGAAGAGUCAAACAUGAUUCAAAGCAACUCAGACCAAGGAAAACCAGAGAUGCUCACAGAGCAACCAAGGCCAAACUCACAGAACAACCAACCCCAAUCUAGACCAACAAGCCAGUCUGGUCAACAAGUCCGGUCUGAAGAGGUAAACCUAGCCUGCUCUAGACCAGCAAGUCAACACCCAACACACUCCAGACCGGCCAGUCGAGACAGCCAAGUUUAAACUAACAAACCAGUACAGCAGGCCAGCAUAAAAUAAUUGUAUUUUCAAAAUUUAACUUUACAGAUAUUAUUUUUGUGCUUCUGUUCAUUUACAGCUGUACUCAGUUUUUCCAUUUCUACUUUAUGACAUUGUUUGUGCGUGCGUGUGUGUCUGAACACAUUAACUAAAUUGUUUCAAUGAAGAUAAGAGCUGAGCAGUUUUACUAAAUAGCUUUAGUAAUGAAAUCUACUCAGAUAAAAUGCUGCCAGGGUGCAGGGUCAAGUAUCACCAGAAAAUAAACCCAUUUCACUUUCAUAA